AUGAUAUGUCUACUUGAAGCGAAUGAUUUCCAUGCAAACAGCGCUUUAAAGCGCGGGUUUCAGUGUUUUCAAGACUGUCUGCCCACCAAUAAAAGGUCGAAACAUGAAUCGAAAGAAGAACGCCCUCAACCGCUACCGGAACCGCAAGCCGUGCCGCAUGCGGUGCCGAUGGAUCAUGAAUCACACUCCGUGCAGUCCACUGUAGACUCGAUUGCAAGCUGCGCGGCGUCCGUUCCAUAUUUCGAAAUCGAAGACUAUAUACGUGAGGGUUACGGGUCCACGCUAAUAAACGACGGCUACAAUAGUCGACACAGCUUGAACGACAUUGCGCCCGUGAAUUACUCACUGUACGACGCAGAUGCAGAAGAACUCGACGAAGAUAUAGAGAUGGAGAUGGACGUAGAUGUGGUACCGGCAACAGACCGAGCAUUUUGUAUGUGA